UUGGGGUCGGAGCCACAUAGUUCUUACACACGGUCCCUCACAUUGUCUAGAUCUCAGCCCGGCAUUGUGGAGCAUUUUUCGAGAUUCCUUGCCCCUAACCCGGAAUAUAAUCACACAGAUUCUCCACUGGUGCUUUCUGUGGGAGAUCGCAGUGGGCCGUAUCAUCAGGAAUAGAUCAUUGGAGAGUGUGGCAGAAUGUCUAAGAAACGUGGCAGUGGCAGAAAACCGAGCCUGGCUGACAUUAAUGAGGGCAUCACCGAAACAACGGACAUGGAGAACACACAGGAGGCUAUGUCUGUGAUUCCUGACAAUAAAGGGACUUCAGAGGUCUCCACUGGGUCAGGUCAUAAGGAUCCAAAGCAAGCCUGCCCUACACAGCCUACAUACAGCUCUGAGUCUGAGGAGAGCUCUCAGGCUGACUCCGGCCUGGAUGACAAUAAGUCUGAGAACAAAAGAAAGGGUGAGUACCCCUGUCCGGAAUGUGGAAAACACUUUCGUUGUUCAUCCCACCUACUCAUACACCAGAGAGUGCACACAGGGGAGAGACCAUAUGAAUGCAAAGAGUGUGGGAAAUGUUUUGUGCAGAAGCAGCAUCUCCAGUCCCAUCACCGUACACACACCGGAGAGAAGCCGCAUCAGUGCACAGAGUGCGGGAAAAGGUUUGCUUUUAAAUCAAAUCUUUCCAUCCACAGGAGAACGCACAUGGGAGAGAAGCCAUAUAAAUGUUCUGAAUGUGGGAAAGGAUUUACCACCAGUUCACAAUGUCGUAUACAUGAAGCUGCCCACACAGGAGCAAACCCCUUUCCAUGUUCUGAGUGUGAUAAAGCUUUCCCUACGAAGUCCCAGCUACGCAACCACCAGUUUGUCCACACGGGAGAGAAGAACUUUGAGUGUCCUGAAUGUGGAAAAUGCUUCUCUACUAAUACACAUCUCAGCAGCCAUAAGCAGACACACACAGGGGAAAAGCCUUGUAAGUGCUCUGAGUGCGGGAAAGCAUUUGCUUGCAGAGCCAAUCUUCGCCUCCAUCAGAAAUCCCACACAGGAGAAAAACCAUUUGCAUGUAACGAAUGUGCACAGUAUUUUCCCAGCAAAGCUCAUCUUACCAGACACAUAAAAGUCCACACAGGGCAGAAAUCCAAUAAAUGCCGCAAGUGUGGUGACUCUUUCCAGAAUUUGUCUGACCUCGCCCAGCACAAGAGAAGCCAUGAUAAGACCUAUGCGUGUACUGAGUGUGACAAACAUUUUAAACAGAAAGGUCAUCUGAAGCAGCAUCAGAAAAUACACACGGGAGAAAAGCCAUUUGUGUGUGCAGAGUGUGGGAAACGCUUUACACAGAAAGCCGGGCUGAUUUCACAUGAGCAGAGACUUCACAUUGGCGUAGUAAAAGCAUUUGAAUGCCCGGAAUGUGGGAAAAGUUUUUUUGUAAAGGCUGAGCUUGAAACACACAAAAGAGUCCACACAGGAGAGAAACCUUUUCCUUGUACUGAAUGUGGUAAAUGUUUUAGGGAACGCUCACAUCUGGUUAUUCACCUGCGACGUCAUACUGGUGAGAAACCUUUCUCGUGCUCAGAAUGUGGAAAAGGUUUCCAUAGCAGCGGUGAUCUUAGUUCCCACAUUGCAGUGCACGCAGAGGAGAAGCCAUUUGUGUGCUCAGAGUGUGGAAAAGCAUUUGGUAGCAGCUGGCAGCUUGUUGCCCAUCAGAGAUCUCACACAAACGAGAGACCAUUUACCUGUUCCGAGUGUGGUAAAUCCUUCAAGCGUAGACCAAAUUUGGUCAGACAUCAGACAAUUCACACCCGGGAGUGAGACCAUUUGCAUGUCCAGAUGUGGGAAUAGGUUUAUAAUGAAUUCAGAACUUGUUAAACAUAAGAUUAUAUAUAGAGAUUAUAGGUAUAUAGGGCGUAUUGUGAAUUGUUUUACUUGUGUACUGUGUGUGGGAGAGCUCUCGCCUAUGUCUCAUUGCUGGCUCAUCAUCCAAAGGUUCAUGGGGCAAUUGCGGAAAGUAAUUCAACACAAAGCUAGCCAUUUGUAUGGGAAAUGUUUUAUUGUAUAUGCUCCACUAAAUGAAACGACAUUUUAGCAGCCGUGCAAACACUAAGCCGCCACCCUCUGGGAGUGUAUCUUAGCUUAGCAGAAGUGUAAACGAAUGCAUCGCAGAACGGCUACAAAAAAAUAUUGUGCAGUUUCUGAGUAGCUUCAGACCUACUCAGCGCUUGCGAUCACUUCAGACCAUUCAGUUCCGGAUUUGACGUCACAAACACGCCUUGCGUUCGCCCAGCCACGCCUGAGUUUUUCCUGGCACACCUGCGUUUUUUCGAGCACUCCCUGAAAACGGUCAGUUGACACCCAGAAACGCCCACUUCAUGUUAAUCACUCUGCGGCGGCCAUUGCGACUGAAAAGCUUUGCUAGACCUUGUGUGAAAAUACAUCGGCCGUUGUGAAAGUACGUCGCGUGUGCGCACUGCGCCGCAUGCGCAGAAGUGUCGGUUUUUUACUUAAUCGCAGUGAACAUUUUCAGCUAGCGAUCAACUCGGAAUGACCCCCAGUGACUCCACAUGGCUCACAUAGCAAUGCAAAUCUCUAUUUUAAGAUUUAAAUUUUACCUUUUCUGAACUUUUAAUUUGUUUUUUAACAUAUGUAAGUUUUUAGCUGCUGGAAUACAUCACACAUCAUAAAAUUACAAGAAAUCGGAAUCCAGAUUCAGUUUGCGCUAAGGACCCUUGGCCCAAAUCCUGAUUGUGUUGCAUCCCUAGUUCAUGGAGAUAUUUGUCUUUCAAAUCUGCAAAUUGAGGCAGAAAGUUAAGUUACUGCAAGCUUGCAGAAAGGCAAAAGUCAGAAACUUGAGUUUUGUAAAGCGGUGUAGAAGACAGAGCGGGUCAGCUUGCUCUUAGUUUGCAAUGACAAUGAAGCGUUCAUAAUACUGGUUGCUCUGCUGGUAUUAUCCUGGGGUAGUGAGACCUCCUUGGUCUUCCCCAUGUUUAAUAAGGAUAAUAAAUAUGGACUUCCUGCCAUACCCCCAAUGGAAAUGGCUGCAGCCUGGCUCAGCUCCUCUCUAGCUAAAGCAGCAUCCCCAUUUACAAGCCUACUACGGGCCUGAACAGUUAGACCAGGACCACCACUGCCUAGGGGAAGAUCCCCUACAUAUAUGGAGAGGUAUUUUUCCUCUUUAAUGCCCUACAAACACCAGUACCGGGAAAUGGAACAGUGCCAAUCCAAGAUGGCUGCUGUGGCGUCUGCUUCUUCAGCUCUACUGCCACCUCCUCACCACCCCAUCUACUCUCUGUGCCCUUACAAGGUGGAGAACUGCAGGGAUCUUUGGCCUCUUACACUGACAUAGUGCAGGUCAUUAAGGAGACAGCAGUUGACUCCUUUAUACAGGCUUUGAAGGAGGCUAACAAUAAUAUUGUACAGCUGACACAGAGCGUCCAAGCUAAUGAGAUUCAGCUGGGUGAGACUUUUACUGAUGUUUCUGAUCUUAAACAGCAUUAUAAAAAGCUAUAUAAACAAUAUAUGCGACUUCCGAUUCCGGCGCCCAUGUGAGGAGAAGCUGAUUUCUGCAGCUCCCCUGCACCCUCGGUAACCGGAGCACACAGCGCCUCCCACCUGUGGGAAAGCGCUAGGGAUUGGAUGGAAAGGUUUCUGUUCUCCCCCAUGCCCCCUAAAGCCCAGAGAUCAAGGUCUGUAAAACGGUCGGGGGAAUCCAAGAUGGCCACCGCACCUAGCUCACAAACGAGUCUGCAGGCUGCUGGCAGCAUCAAACAGGCUUCUGCAAAACACAUUUCUCCCUCAGGUGAGCCUGACUGUUCCCCUGCCUCUCCAGUGACUUAUGCUGAUGUAGUAAGAGCUGUUAGGGAUGCCAUGGAGCCUAUUGCGGAUGCACAUGCUACUAAAAUGCAGCAGGCAGGAAAAGAUCUAAAAUCCCAAAUCAAGCAGUUAUCUGGACUUUACAAAUCUCGCAGAUGCAGAGGCUUAUGUUUCUGAGGCAUCCAAGGCAGAUGACUACUCCUCUCAGGCAUAUGACUACUCCUCUCAGGCAGAUGACGCCCCGGAUCGAGAUGGCUGAGUAUUGCUACGGGACUUCUUUGUUUCCUGUUAUAUCUGCCAAUUUAAUUAUUGCUGUGGGAUCUGCUGCAGGUGUUUUCUUUUCCCAAAAGAGACGUUGGCCUUAUACAGCGGGCUGAACCUUUUUGCGACGUUUUAUAUUUUAUAUUUUUAUUACUUGUUUUUCUGUGGCUAUAUAAUCUUACCAGUAUGCUUAUGUAUGCUUAGCAGAGAUAUUUUCCCCUUCUUCACUCUUUUUACAAUCGUAUGUGGGAGGCUGCGUUUUUGUUUUUCUGUAACAUGCUCUGUGUGCUCUGAUAUUUUCUUGUUGUUUUUUCAUAUGUAUAUAUUCUUUAUUAUGUAAGGGCGCCCCCUCCCUCAUUUUUUCCUCAGGUUUUCAUAAUUCUGGCUGGCUCAUUGGCAGUCUAUGAUGACCUCUGUGUUUGCUUGAACCGGUUGCUCGCGUUUUUCUGAAGUUAUGAUUGUCCUUAGCAGGACUUUCUUUCACAAUGUUAGUGUUAUAUUUUGUGUGUUUUUAUGUUUCUGUCCCUCUUUUCCCCCUUUUUUUUCUCUCUCUCCUUCCCCUUCUUCUCCUUAUGUGUCUACCCCGGUAUGUUUUGUAUUUGUUUUUCGGCAGCUGUAGAUAUUAUGGUUACUGCACAGGUUUUCCCAGUUCAUUUGAUGCAUGGCAAGUCUGAGUGUCGGUACGUGGAAUGUGGGAGGGAUCAACUCCCCAGCUAAACGCAGAAAGAUUUUGCUCUAUCUUCGGAAGGUGGGGAUUGAUGUUGUCUUCAUUCAGGAGUCUCAUCUUAUGCCAAAUGAGGUGGCAAAACUGAACACUAUGGGUUGGUCUGUGGUAGCCUCCUUCUCAUCUAAGGCUAGGGGUAUGAUCAUUUUAGCUAGGCACACUCAGGGCCGGUAUGUGCUGGCACAUUGUAUGCAUCCAGGUUCCUACUAUGUAAUAUUUAUGCUCCCAAUCAUUACUCUAGUGACAAUGUGCAUAUAAAAUUGCUUAAACUACUAAACUACUCUGAAAUUUCUAUAAUCCUAGGUGGGGAUUUUCAUUUAUUUUCUUCUCCGGCCUUGGAUAAAUCCCCCCUGCGCGCGUGCUCCCCCCUCGUUACCACGUAUUUGUAUCCCCUAUAUUUGCUCGCAGCUGUCCUUAGUGGAUGUGUGACACGCAUGUUACCCAUUAGAAAGGAAUUUACAUGCCUCUCAGCUGCGCAUCAUACAUUCUCGAGGAUUGAUUAUCUCCUGUUGUCUGACUUUUUUUUUUUUUUUUGACAGUGGCUGAUUCUAAAAUUGAGGAUAUCUGUAUUUCAGACCAUGCUUUAUGCUGGAUGAAAUUGAUGCUUCUCUCAGAUAAAUCCCCUUUUCGCUCCUGGCACUUCCCCCUCUCAUUUAAGUGGUUCUCUGAAAUUCCACUCCACAUUAGAUGCAGCAUGGCUGGAUUAUCAGAAGCAUAAUAGAGAGACUCUGCGCGAUGAUCCUGCUCUUUUCUGGCAGGCGUCAAAAUCAGUUGUCCGUGGACACAUUAUGUCCUAUAGUAAAAAUAGGGAUUUAGAUUUAAAUUCACAAUAUUUGGAAGCCCAGGCGGCUCUUACUCAUUCUUUUCAGGUAUUUAAAUCCUCCACCUCCCCUUCUACUAGGGAACGUUACCUUACACAAAAAACACUGUUUGAUACCCUUCUUUCUCAGAUGGAAGCUAAAUAUUAAUUUUCAAGAGACUGUGGCAUCUACAGAUACGGCCAACUGGCAAACUUUUAUCCCAUUUGUUAAAAAGCAGACACCCCAAAGUGGUCAUUCACUCUCUGCUCACCCAAGGUGGGGACAGAGUACGGACCUCUGCUGAGAUUGCUGGGGUGCUACAGUCUUUUUAUACCAAUCUUUAUGCACGUCCUGUUAUUAACCAAACUCACAAGUCCAGCUUUUGGCUUCUACUGAUCUGCUUCAAAUGUCAGAGUCGCACUGUACCUCUCUUCUUACACCUAUUACCACUGAGGAAGUUUCUGUAGCAAUAGCUGGACUUAGGACUGGGAAGACUCCGGGCCCUGACGGUUUCGCUAAUGACUACUAUAAAAUUCUAUCUGCUAGAUUAUGUGAACCUCUUUCUGUCUUAUUUAAUUCUUUCAUGCAGGGUGCUCCCUUACCUCAAUAUUUUAAUUCCGCAGUCAUAAAUGUUAUACCGAAGCCUGGCUGGGAUCCGGAGUCUCCCAGUUCUUAUCGUGCGAUCUCCCUCCUAAACAUGGAUUAUAAAUUGUUCACUACAAUCCUCUCGAAUAGACUCAAAUUCAUAGUCCCUGAUAUAGUUCAUACAGACCAGACUGGAUUUGUCUGGGGUCGGCAAUCAGUGAGCAAUAUACGAAAGGUCUUGACUGUUAUGCAGGCCUUUCAGCUCUCCAAACCCACUGACACUAAUGUAUUAUUGUCGCUUGAUGCCGAAAAGGCGUUUGACCUGGUCACCUGGGACCAUCUGUAUGAAACGCUUCACCGCUUUGGUGCACCUGAGGACUUUUUCUCUUAUUUCCCGAUUAUAUGAAUCUCCCUCCACUCAAGUUUUGGGGAAUGGUAUCCUCUCUUCCCCUUUUCUUAUCCAGAGUGGCACACGACAGGGCUGCCCCUUGUCACCUUUAUUAUUUGCCUUAGCUUUAGAACCCCUAGCUGUUUCCCUGAGAAAUUCUCCCAGAUUUACAGGCAUAAAAAUAAUGGACACCAUGGUAAAAUUAUCACUGUAUGCUGACGACAUGCUUCUAUUUAUUUCUCAGCCUGAUACGUCCAUCCCUGCGAUUGUCUCCCUGAUUGAACAAUUUGGUUCCUUUGCGGGGUACAAAAUUAAUAUAUCUAAAUCCGAGCUUCUCCUCCUUUCAGGAGACUCUUCCCUUUUUCCAUUAUAACCGGUCCUGUCCCGAUUUCCAGUGGCUCGAGAUAGUCUUAGAUAUUUAGGGGUUCAGAUCCCUACUUCCUUUCCGGAUUUAUAUGUGGUUAAUUUUGGUCCUAUUUUGUCCAAGGUGUCUAAAAUCCUUACAGACUGGGCGUCUCUGCCUUUGGGGUCUAUUUACUAAGCCUUGGAUGGAGAUGAAGUUGACAGAUAAAGUACCAGUCAAUCGCCUCCUAAUUGCCAUGCCACAGGCUGUGUUUGAAAAAUAACAGUUAAUAGCUGAUUGGCUGGUACUUUAUCUCCAUCCAAGGCUUAGUAAAUAGACCCCUUUGUCUCUUAUGGGUCGCGCAGAAGUUAUUAAAUCUCUUGUUUUUCCCAAGAUUUCUUAUUUUCUUCUUAUGCUCCCUAUUGCUCUCAUCGAGAAAGAUGUCCUUUUUCUUAAACAACUUUUCACUAGAUUUCUAUGGGUGGGUAAACGACCAAGAGUCCCCUACGCUAGGUUACAGCUAUUACGUGAAGAGGGAGAUAUGGGAAUCCCGGAUCCUGUCCUAUUUAGUAGAGCAGCGAUGUACCGGUAUAUCACAGACUGGCUUUGGGGCAGAUCAGUAUUUAUGAACUUACCACUUGAACUGGCCGUAUUCCAUCCUUUCUCCCCUGCUGCACUCUUACACACCCCAAAAUCCCGACUCCCAUCUGAGAUAAAACACAAUAUUUUAUUUUGGCAUACAUAUCAAGCAUGGCAGGCCACUCACACUAAAGCUCAGAGAAAACCUGACAUAUCUCUUCACACUACGUUUUGGGGUAACCCAUGUUUCCUUCCUGGCCAUGAUCACGCACAUUUUUUGAGUUGGAGGGAAAAGGGGAUCGCUGCCAUUAGAGACAUAUAUGACCCAGGAGGCAACGCAGUGCUUUCUUUCUCUGAUAUCCAGAUAAAAUUUGGUAUUUCCCACCGGGAAUUUUUUAUGUACUUGCAGGCUAGACACUUUGCUCAUUCCCAGUCUCACCCAAUGAUUUCUGAGGCUACCACAGACCCGCUGCACACCUUAAUGGUGCUCACUAAAGAUUGCCCUUACCAUCUUAGUUACUUCAGAUCCACCUUUAGAGUCUCGUAUAGAGACCGGCUCUAGGAUUCAGCAUUGUCCUCCUGGUCUAGAGAUAUUCCCAAUAUGGGAUCGUGCGCUGAAUUCUUAGAUAACAUUUUACCCACUUUUAGGUUCCUAUACUCUGCCUUUUUGCAAGAGGUUCACUUGAAGACUCUUCAAAGGGCAUAUAUAGCGCCUAACCAGAGGGCACACAUGCCCCCCGAUGUUACUGGCUGCUGCAUCAAAUGUACUGCGCAGAGUGCCACCUUGUAUCACAAUAUGUGGUCUUGUCGGAAAAUAUCUAAGUUUUGGUACAAGGUGGUCGCUUAUCUCAACACAGUAUUUAACUUACAGCUAAUUAAACGCCCGACGGCUUGUCUGCUACUUGAUUUUAGGGAAUGGUCUCUUGGGCCUGAGGAUAGGGAUAUUGUACCAGUACACUCGGUUAUCCUGACAAUUGCCAAGAAACAAAUUCUUAAUCAUUGGAUCAAACAGUCUACCCCUUCUUUGAUGGCUGUGAAACACAUGACCCUCCGGAUUAUUUAUUUUGAGAGGCAUGCUACUCUUCCUGAUAUUGAAUUGGGGGUCAGGUGGUUUGCCAAGAAGUGGGAGAGGUAUAUUGAUACUCUAGACCCGGAUGUACAGUGGUUCAUCUAUAAACUUUUUCAGACCACAAUGUGGUAUCUACACAGACAAAUCGAUAGGGCCCCUUAACAACCUAGGCCCAUAUACUGUUUUUCUUUUAGGACCACCUGCUGUUUUCUUAGGAAAUGCAAUUAUAUUAAUUAUAAUAUCUCUUGCUGUAUGUUUAGUCUGAUGCCAUACGAGUACUGAACCUUCUCUUUUGCUGGAACUGCUAACCAUGCCUGAAUUACUUCUCUAAUAAUUUUACUUAGAACUUCUCUGGCCGCUACUCAUUCAUGAUAUGAUUAUAUUUGUAUGGUCUUUUCCCAAUUGUCUCUCUCUCCCCCCCUCCUGUCUGUCUUCUUUACUGACCUUUCGUGUAUAUAGAUGCCCUAUGAAUCCUCAGGUAGAAUUGUAUGCUUAGCUUUAGGUAUAUGGUGAUUUCUUAUGCUGAAACGCACGUCGGUAAUGUGUUCAUCAUUUCCUAGUCCUCAUAUUUGGUUAAGAUUAUUCAUCUUUUACCUCUUACUCAAGGCUACAAUUAUCUACUAUGCAUCUGUUAUCUCACUGAUGUGGUUUAAAACUACCUUUAUGAUGGAUUAUUGUAACUAUACCGGUUACUUUCAGGUUUUUGUAUGUCUGUAACAUGAAGGUCUUCCCUGUUCUUGUAUUUCUAUAUAAAAAAUCUGAUAAAAAUGAUUGUUGAAUUAAAAAAAAAAAAAUAUAUGCAA